UCUCUCUCUCUCUCUCUCUCUCUCUGCGUUCUCGGGAGCUCUCUCUUCGUUCUCGAGAGCUCGGCAAUGGCGUCGUCGUCCCCGGACCUCCUCUUCGGCCUUCGCAAUAGCUUCUACCUCGGCGCCUACCAAGGCGCGAUCAACAACAGCGACAUCCCCAACCUCGGCCCUGACGACGCCAUCGAGCGCGACUCCAUCGUCUACCGCUCCUACAUAGCCCUCGGAUCCUACCAGCUCGUGAUCAGCGAGAUCGACUCGUCCGCGCCCACCGCGCUUCAGGCCGUGAAGCUUCUCGCGCUCUACUUCGCCGGAGACAAGGAAGCUGCAAUUUCUGGUCUCCAAGAGUACUUGAGUGAUUCGGCCAUAGGAAACAAUCCUGUUCUGCGACUAAUUGCAGGGAUUAUAUAUAUGCAUGAGCAAGACUACAAUGAGGCUCUCAAGCAUACCAAUUCUGGAGGAACUAUGGAAUUGCAUGCAUUGAAUGUACAAAUUUACAUUAAGAUGUAUCGGUCAGACUAUGCAGAGAAACAACUUAAGGUCAUGCAACAAAUUGAUGAAGACCAUACACUGACUCAACUUGCAAAUGCAUGGCUAGACCUAGCUGUGGGUGGAUCUAAGAUACAGGAAGCAUAUCUUAUCUUCGAAGACUUCUCUGAAAAGUAUCAGAUGACUGGGAUGAUACUCAAUGGGAAGGCAGUUUGCUGUAUGCACAUGGGGCGAUUUGAUGAAGCUGAAACUCUAUUGCUUGAAGCGCUAAACAAAGAUGCGAAAGAUGCAGAAACUCUCGCGAACCUAAUUGUGUGCAGUCUCCACCUUGGCAAAUCCUCAUCUCGAUACUUCAACCAGCUGAAGCUGUCGCAUCCCGAUCAUACGCUCGUCAAGCGUGCCGCCUCUGCCGAAGAUAGCUUUGACAGAGCUCUUCAAGCUGUCGCAUAAAGCCUUUGUUAUUUCAGCUCCUCAAGGGGAUGCAACAUAGCUUCUGCUUUUUUAAUGCACCAUUUUGAAUCCGCCUUACACUGUUGCUUUCUUAAUCAUGUCGCGUAAUGUUACAUUGAAUUGAAAAGAUGUAGUCUGUUUGUCCUUUUCGACAUUUCUUAUGCCUUUGUUAGAUCAUUAUGUCCAAGUCAUGGAGCUUAAAGUGUUUUUUUUUUUUUUCCUGUAUUAGAAAAUUAUCCCCCUUUUUUAAUGAGUCUCUCUGAAAAUUGUAUUCUUUGUAAUCCGUCACUGCUGCUGCUGAUCAAGGUAGCUGUAAGUUGGCCUAUAAUUAGUCAUGGUUUGGUCUGA